AUGCAGGCCAAAAACGAUUCCACAAUACACUGGGAGUCCCAUCUCGCCGAUGUUGCUCCCUGCCAUUUCCCGCGCCUUGGAGCUUCCGCUGCAGGUCCAAAAAGGCCGAUGACAAUUAAAGUGACCUUGGAUCAAACCCAGGAUUUGAAAGACCUUUGCGGAUCGAAUACCACCGCCUUGCCUGCCGUCCUUCGUGCUACAUGGAGUUUAGUUUUACGCUGUUAUACUGGUUCCGAUGACGUUUGUUUUGGAUAUCAGGAUGCAACAUCCACAGAUGUUUUGCCUAUAGUUCGCCUGGCAUUUGAUGAUGAUACUCUCAUUUCGAGGUUGGUAGAGUCUGCGCAAAAGGAGUACGAAAGUAGUCUACCGUUCCAUGGCAGUGUUCCUACCAACGCGGCAGGACCCGUGGAACAGCGCCUCUACAACACCAUUGUGUCAUUUCGCAGUGCUGCUAAACCUGGUACUGCGCCUCCCUCACGGGCUGCUAACAUGACCCUACCAGAAGAUUGUCGCAUACGCUUAAUGACCAAGCUGAUGGGCGGAAGAAUGAGCAUCUUCCUUGAAUGGUGGAGCGUGGAUAUGACCAUGGAACAGGCGAUGGGGGUUGCUUCGACUGUGGGAAAGGCCUUCAGUGCCAUUACUACAUCUCCCACCGUAUCAGUUGGCGCAUUCGAUCCACUCACUGCUUUUCAUUUAAAGCAAAUUACGAAGUGGAAUAGCUUUUCUUUGAAUACGGUCAAUCGGUGCAUACAUGAGGUUAUCCAUGACCAAGUCCUUCGCAAACCAGAGGCUGAAGCAAUCUGCUCCUGGGAUGGAAGCUUUUCAUUUCAAGAGCUUGACCUUGUUACUUCGCGCCUGGCGCACAAACUUGUGCAAUUGGGCAUUGGGCCGGAAGUUAGGGUCCCUCUCUGUUUUGACAAGUCGAAAUGGAAUGUGGUUGCGAUGAUUGCUGUUAUGAAGGCUGGUGGAGCUUUUGUCCCCUUUGACCCUUCACACCCAAUACCGCGAUUGCAAGGCCUUGUCAAAUCUCUCGAAUCAUCACUGCUGCUUUGCUCCGCCCAAUAUACACAACAUCUUGCCACAGUCGCGGAGACCGUUCUGCCUGUCGAUGAAGCGUUGAUCAAGGAGUUGCCAUCUGGCUCUGACGCUAUCCGCUUCACUAGCCGCGCCAAGCCCAGUAACGCCGCUUAUGUUAUCUUCACCUCGGGGUCCACUGGAGAGCCGAAGGUCAGUGAAACUAUUCUGAAUGGUCACGAAGUUUCCGAGACAGAUGGUACACUAUUGGAACAUGUUGCCUUUUGCUCGAGCGCCGCAGCUCACGCCGGCCCACUGCGCAUCGAGGAGGACUCGCGAUGUUUACAGUUCGCUGCACACACUUUUGAUGCUAGUCUUGUCGAGAUCCUCACCCCUUUAAUGCAAGGGGCCUGUGUCUGCAUCCCAAGUGAAGAGGCGCGGCUGAACAACAUCGUCCAGGCAAUAAAUGAUCUACGCGUCAAUACUGCGACGCUCACCCCUUCUUUUAUCGGGUUCAUUGAACCGGCUGAUGUCCCAGGACUAAGGUCUCUCGUCCUCGCAGGCGAGGCCAUGUCCCAAAGCCAUAUCGACACUUGGUCGAAGAUUAACCUCGUCAACGGCUUUGGACCAACCGAGACCGGGGUUGCGUGCGCUGUUAAUACGAAAGUGACUGCGACAACGGAUCCAAAGGAUAUUGGAUUCCCCGUUGGUGGGCACUGUUGGGUUGUUAAUGCUGAAGAUCACAAUCGCCUCGUUCCCCCUGGAUGUGUUGGAGAGCUUCUUGUUGAAGGACCCACUUUAGCCAGGGGCUACCUCAACAAUACCCAGAAAACAAAGGAGGCGUUCGUUUACGAUCCUGCCUGGGCCCGCACCAGCGAAACUCAAGGUGAACCACGGCGCUUCUACAAAACUGGUGAUCUCGUUCGCUAUAACUCACCUGAAGGAUCCUUUAAUUAUGUCGGUCGAAAGGAUACCCAGGUAAAGUUCCAUGGUCAGCGAGUUGAGCUGGGUGAGAUUGAACAUGGACUUAACCUCGCUCCUAAUGUGAAGCAUGGCCUUGUAUUGCUUCCAAAGACCGGCAACUGUAAAGGAAAAUUGGUUUCCAUCCUCUCUUUCUCUAACGAAAUUACGGAUAAGUUUACCAAUGAUCCAACGUCCCUUAGGCUUAUUGGGACUAAUCGGAAAGAUGAAUAUGUUGAUAUGGUUCGUGAAGCUAUGGCCGCUCACCUUCCGUCUUAUAUGGUUCCAUCAAUCUGGGUCUGCAUGGAAUCACUUCCCCUUCUCCCUUCGGCAAAGCUUGAUCGUAAAUCGGUUGCUAAAUGGGUUGAUUCCAUGACCGAUGAGGUCUACCAUGAUGUCUCUGGAGCCCAGCAGACAGAACCUGGUGCUAACGGGGUCUCUGAACCGGCUAAUGCUGUUGAGGCUACUAUCCAGGCUGCCUGGAGCCGCAUUCUGAACAUCCCGCUUAAUCGCAUCAGUUUGGACCAGAGCUUCCUCAGCCUUGGAGGUGACUCUAUCACCGCCAUGACAUGUAUGGGCCAAUGCAAGAAGGCAGGCCUUGGCUUCACUGUCCAGGAGAUUUUGCGGAGCAAAUCCAUCCGUGCCCUAGCCCCUUGUGCUAAGGAAGUAAAGAGAACCGUUGAUCUUAAGGAAGAGAUCAAUGUAGACUUUGAACUUCAACCUAUUCAGCAAUACCAUUUUGCCAUCAGGAACGAUGAAAUGGGCCACUUUAAUCAAAGCUUCUUCCUUAAACUAGCGCGGAAAACGGAGGAGCGGUCCCUUCGACGUGCAGUUGAUGCCCUCGUAGAGCGGCAUUCUAUGCUUCGGUCUAGAUUUAGACAAUCGGGGCCUAAUGGUGAAUGGCGGCAAUAUAUUACUAACGACGUGAAGACUUCGUGCCGAUUUAGGAUUCAUACAGUGCAGACAAAGAGAGAUGCCGAACCUGCCAUUGCCGAUAGCCAGGCCACUCUCAGCGCUACCAAGGGGCCUCUCUUUGCUGUAGACCUGUUUGAUGUGAACGGUAACCAGCAGCUUCUUUUCAUGACUGGUCAUCAUUUGGUGAUUGAUUUAGUUUCUUGGCGUGUGAUUUUAGAGGAUCUUGAGGAUCUUCUUGUCAACCCUACCGACCCUUCCCUCAGUGACAAAUCCAUUCCUUUCCAAACCUGGGCCAGGCUGCAGAAAGAACAUUGUCAGAAUCUCAGUUUAUCCCAUGUUCUACCACAUGAUAAUGUUCCACCAGCCAACUUCGCCUACUGGGGUACCGAUGUUAAAGAUAACAUCUACGGUGCUUCCGCAGCCGAAGGAUUUGAAAUUGAUGCUGCCACGACUUCAUUUCUCCUAACUGACUGCCACAAUGGAUUACGAACUGAACCAGUUGAUCUUUUUGUGUCGGUCCUUAUCCACUCCUUCGGUCAAAUAUUCACCGAUCGUGAACCUCCAGCCAUCUAUAAUGAAGGCCACGGCCGUGAAAUAUGGAAUGAGUCAAUCGAUAUCGCUAGGACUAUCGGUUGGUUUACCACUCUUUAUCCGAUUUUUGUUACAGGCUCCACUUCCAAGAAUCUACUCGACAUUACCAAACAUGUCAAGGACAUUCGCCGUGCUGUUCCUGGAAAUGGCCGACCAUACUUUGCUACUCGCUGGUUGACUGAAAAGGGUCGGGAAGCGUGGAACCACCAUUCUCCCAUGGAGUUGUCGUUCAAUUACCUUGGCCAAUACCAACAGCUCGAGCGAGAAGGUGCACUUCUUAAUCCCGUCGAUGAAUUGGCGGGUGAGGCUAAAGAAGCAGGGGGUAUUGCUGACUAUGCUAUUGGUACCCCGAGAUUCGGCCUGUUUGAAAUAUCUGCUGUCAUAGCUGCUGGUAAACUCAGAUUCUCCUUUACCUUCAACAGACAUAUGAAGCAUCAAGAUCUUAUUCGACAAUGGAUCUCUCAUUGCAAGCAUUCCCUGCAGAACGCCUCGAAGUUAUUCAUGGGGAUGCCGUUUACCCCUACUCUCAGCGAUUAUCCUCUCUUAGCAUUAAACUAUGACUCGCUGAACUCUAUGGUUACUGAAAAAUUACCACUCGUUGGUGCAAAAAGUGUGCAGGAUAUUGAAGAUGCUUAUCCUUGCUCUCCAAUGCAGCAAGGCCUUCUCCUUAGUCGCAGCAAGGACGGUGCGUUUUAUGCUGUUAACGGUACUUAUGAAGUGAAACCAAGAGUUGGCACCAGAGUUAAUGCCGAAAAGCUCUCUGCUGCUUGGGAUUUAGUUGUCCGGCGCCAUGCAUGUCUUCGGACGGUCUUCAUCGAGGGGCUGAGUAGCGAUGGGCUUUAUGAUCAAGUAGUAUUAAGGCGGUCUCCUUCUGGCCCUUCACGGCUUCGCUGUACUACAGAGUCAGAAGUCUUAAGCACUUUGAACAAGCAAGGCUUUAUGCAAUAUACUGACCAUACUCCUGCUAAUCGAUUCACUAUUUGUGAAACUUCGAAUGGGAAGGUGUUCUGUCGGUUGGAACUGAGCCAUGCAGUUAUGGACGGUGCCUCGAUGUCUAUCAUAUUUGAUGAUCUAUGCCGUGCAUACGCCGGGGAUAUGAAGGAUGAACCCGGUCCGCUAUUUAGUGCGUACGUUGCUUAUCUACAGACGCUCUCUUUAGCUCAAGGUCUUUCCUUCUGGGUGCCAUAUCUUGACGGACUAGACCCCUGCCACUUCCCGGUUCUUAACGAUGGUGUCACUGUGAAAAAAGAACUUCAUAACAUAAGGCUUGCGUUUAAAGAAUUGCCAGCUCUUCAGAAAUUCUGCGAUUAUCAGGGAUUUACCCUGCCAAACGCCAUCCACACUGCCUGGGCUUUGACAUUGCGAUCCUUUGUAGGCACUGAAGACACCUGUUUUGGUUAUCUCUCCUCUGGCCGUGACGCACCGGUUGAGGGGGCUAAUGUUGCUGUUGGCCCAUUUAUCAACAUGCUUGUCUGCCGUGUCAAGAUGCCAGGAGAUGCGACGCUUAUAAGCGUUUUGGAACAAGUGCAAAAAGACUACAUGGACAGUCUGCCUCACAAACACACAUCACUAGCUGAAGUUCAGCAUGCCCUGAAACUUACCGAUACUUCGCUUUUUAAUACUUGUGUUUCUUACCGCAAGCUCCCGCCAACUAAGGAUAAGAAACCCCUGAUAAGCUUUGAUGAAUUUGCUCCGACACACGACCCUGAUGAAUACCCAAUUUCCAUCAAUAUUGAAGCUUCAGAUGAAGUUGUUGCUAUUGACCUGGACUACUGGACCGACUCCAUAUGCGACAAACAGGGCAGGAAUAUCGCUUUUUCGUUUAUUCGUUGCCUGGAGAAUAUCACUCACAAUUCGCACCUCGAGAUCUCUAAACUUGACAAUCUCAGCUCCCUAGAUUAUGAGACUAUUUGGGGGUGGAACAGCCGUAUCCCCUUAACUAUUCCGGACUGUGUUCACUAUGUAAUCAUGAAGCAAACAGCUCAGCGUCCUGAUGCUCAGGCUAUAUGUGGAUUCGAUGCAAGCUUCACCUAUAAAGAACUUGACGAAGUUUCCUCUCGUUUGGCUUCAUAUCUUGUUGCUCUAGGAGUUACCCCUGAAACGUUUGUGCCAACUUGUUUCGACAAAUCAGCCUACACUGUCGUUUCUAUGCUUGCAGUCCUAAAGGCUGGAGGUGCUUGUGUUCCCCUAGAUGCCACCCACCCAAUGCCCGCCCUUGAGACAAGGGUAGUUGACACUGAAGCACAAAUUGUCGUCGCUUCCGCUGCCAGGGCCGCCAUGUUUGAUGAUAUGGUGCCUUAUGUUGUGGCAGUUGACGCAGAAUUCCUUGAACAACUUCCAGACUAUGGCGAAAACAACGGUAUCCCUGCGGAGCCAUGCAAUCCUGCCUUUGUGAUAUUUACGUCUGGUAGUACGGGAAAACCAAAGGGUGUAGUUCUAGAACAUAGUGCAAUGGUUACGAGUGCUGAAGCUCACGGUUCUGCUUUGGGUGUCGGCCCUAACACGCGAUUCCUUCAGUUCGCUACCUAUACAUUCGACAACAGUCUUGAAGAGAUGUUCACCACCCUCAUGCGUGGUGGAUGUGUUUGUGUCCCUUCCGAAGAUGAUCGUUUCAAUGAUUUGGCUGGUGCCAUUGACCGACUUGACGCAAAUUUCAUGGACCUAACACCUACUGUUGCUACAUUUCUUAAACCAGCCGAUGUGCCAAAGAUCAAAGCUAUGGCUGUCGGAGGUGAAGCCCUAACGAAGAAGGCACAAGAAAUCUGGGGUGGCUCAAUUCCUAUGCACAAUCAGUAUGGCCCUUCAGAGUGCUCCAUUAACUGCGCUCACAACGGCGAUGCUGGUACUGUCGAGGAUGUUUCCAAUAUAGGACGCAGUGUUGGUAGUGUUUCAUGGGUUGUCGACCCAGCCGAUCAUAACAAACUUGUCCCAGUUGGAUGUGUUGGUGAAUUAUGUGUAGAAGGUCCAAUCGUCGCCCGUGGUUAUCUCAAUGAUGAAGAGAAGACUGCGAAGUCAUUCGUUAAGAAUCCAGCUUGGGCAGCUCGUGAUCCUAACACUCGCGAAUUUUCUACCCGCCGUAUGUACAAGACGGGUGAUCUCGUCCGCUAUAAUAGUGACGGAACAAUGGCAUUCCUGGGCAGGAAAGAUACACAGGUCAAAUUCAAUGGCCAGCGAAUCGAAUUAGGAGAAAUUGAGUAUCACGUCAAGAAAAAUCUCCCCGAGGAUGCCCAAUCUGCGGUGCAGCUUGUUGUUUUCGGUGGUGCCAAAUCUCUAGCAGCUUUCCUCUGCCUUCAACCGCCUGCGGAUGCUGAUACCGAUCAAACCAUUCUCCCGAUGACUAGUUCUAUCCAGUCCCUGGCUAAAGAAUUGGAAGCGGCUGUUACCAAGUCUUUGCCCGCAUACAUGGUACCUUCAAGUUACAUACCAGUUGCGAAAAUGCCAAUGACCUCAUCUGGGAAAUUGGAUAGGCGGACUUUGACAAUUUGGGCUAAGGAGCUCUCAGAUGAAGUUGCGAUAACAUAUCGCCUUGGCGGUGUUGGGGGACGAGCCCCUGAGACUGAGGCUGAAAAGCUUCUACAAAAACUUUGGGCUUCUAUCUUAUCAAAACCUGCCGACUCUAUUGGAGCUGACGACAGCUUUUUCCGCCAUGGAGGUGACUCUAUUGGGGCUAUGAAACUGGUUUCUGCGGCUCGUGCCAAAGGAAUAAGUCUUAGUGUUGCUAAGAUAUUUUCUGCUCCCAAACUCUCGGAUAUGGCCAGUACCUGUUCGAUAACUUCGCUAUCAAAUAAGUCUCUCGAAGCAGGCGCUGUUAAUAAGGAACCUUUGAAGCAGUUUGAGCUUCUCCCAUCCAAGAUCUCUAUUAAUGCUCUCGUGGAUGAAGUUGCUUCUAUUUGCCAGGUUGAUGCCUCCAUGAUUUAUGACAUGUACCCAUGCACAUCGAUGCAAGGUGGUCUUGUUGCUCUUUCUAGCAAAACCCCUGGGUCGUAUGUUGCUCAAAGCACAUUCAAGCUGCCUGCCGAUAUUGACUUUGAUAAAUUCAGAGCAUCCUGGCAAACUGUAGCUGACUCUGAAGUUGUCCUUCGGACUCGAGUUGUGUUCACUGACUUGAUUGGAUUCUUACAAGUUGUUGUCAAUGAGCCAAUUCAGUGGCACUCUGUUUCUCGUUUGGACGAUAUUAAGGACGAAAAUCGGCAUCUUCCUGGUCGUGAUGGUGGUGCCCUUGCGAGAUAUACCAUCGUUGGAGAAGGGUCCUCGACUCCGUACUUUGUAUGGACUGCACACCAUGCAUUAUAUGAUGGCUGGAGUAUCCCUACGCUUCUUGAAAGAGUGGCUUACUGCUACAGGAACCCGAGAUCAGCCAAUGCAGGAACUGAAGCUUCCUUCCCAGAGUUCAUCAAAUAUUUAUCAACUAUUGAUAGAAAAGCAUCCGAUAAUUUCUGGAUCUCCAAAUUAGAGGACCCGAAGGCUACGCCUUUCCCCGCUCUCCCAUCUACCUCAUACAAGGUUGAGGCUACUAGCAAGUGUACCCACUAUGCUGAAGUUGCAAAAUCUUCUUCAAGAGAAACCACUGUCGCGUCAAUCAUCCGCGCUGCAUGGGGCUUGACGAUGGCCCUUUAUACCUCCUGCGAUGAUGUAAUCUUUGGCGAAAUCCUUACCGGCCGUGAUGCCCCAGUUCCAGGGAUUGAAGACAUGAUAGGUCCUACUCUUACGUCAAUUCCUACGAGGGUUCAGAUAAAUCGCGAACAGACCGUCUCUGAAUUUUUACAAGACAUGCAAAAGCAGCUAGCAGAAACUAUGGCUUACCAAUUUGCAGGCUUGUCCCACAUUAAGCGACUUGGAGAUGAUGCUUCGGCCGCCUGUGAAUUUCAAAAUGCUAUUGCCAUCACACAGGAUGCGGAUGAAACUGCAGAUGGAUUUUGGGAUAUGAUAAGCUCCGGGACCACAGGCAAUAACUUCUAUACUUAUCCUCUUAAUCUUUCCUGCACCUUGCGCCAGUCCAAGAUUGAUAUUGAGGCAUACUAUGACCAGACUAUCAUUUCUACGUGGCAAGUGGAAAGACUGCUUCGCCAGUUUGAUACUAUUUUGCACAGUUUGUCUUUGGCAGACAAUACCCAAAAGAAAGUUGGGGAGAUUGAGCUGAUUAGUUCCAAAGAACUGAAGGAGCUUGAAGAUAUGAACAAACAUGGAGCCAAGUUUGUUGAUCGAUGCAUCCAUGACCUUAUCCAAGAGCGGGCAAAAUUACACCCGCAUGCGGAGGCUAUCUGCUCCUGGGAUGGAUCAUUCACUUACCAGGAACUUGAUAACCUGUCCUCUGCUCUUGCGCAUCACCUUAUUGAGUUAGGUGUAGGAUCUAACCCAGAAAUUUUUGUGCCUAUCUGCUUCGAGAAAUCAGCAUUCACAAUUAUUGCUAUGCUAGCAAUUUUUAAAGCGGGCGGAGCUUUCGUAACCCUUGAUCCUGAGCACCCAGUUUCUCGACUCCAGGGAAUUAUCGCUGACGUUGAGGCUUCCCUUAUCCUUUGCUCGCCCAAGUAUCUUGAACUAUGCGAUUCUGUCGCACCUCAAGCACUUGCGGUCGACCUUACGAUGCUUCAACGGCUACCACAACGAUAUCAGCCAACCCCCCAGGUCUCAACCAGCAAUGCUGCAUACAUAAUUUUUACCUCCGGGACUACAGGAACCCCUAAGGGAACUUUAAUUGAACAUUCAGCGUACUGCUCCUCUGCCGCUGCCCAUGCACCAGCCUUGGGGAUGUCACCAGGAUGCCGUGUUCUUCAGUUUGCAUCAUAUACCUUUGAUGCUUGCUGCCCUGAAAUUUUAACAACUCUUAUUUUGGGAGGCUGCGUCUGCGUUCCAAGCGAGUGGGAACGUCUUAAUGAUAUUGCCAACUAUAUCAACGAUAAACGCAUAUCGAAUGCGACCUUGACUCCAUCUUUCGUUCAGCUGAUGAAUCCAGACGACAUACCGAACCUGAAGUACCUAGCACUUGUCGGAGAGGCCAUGUCACCAGCCCAUGUAGCAAACUGGGCAGGUAAACUCAAUUUGCUAAACGGAUAUGGACCUAGUGAAUGCUCAGUUUCAGCUGUUAUCAAUAGCAAGAUGGAUGUCAACAGUUACCACAAAAAUGUUGGCCGCCCGCUGGACAGAUGUUGGCUUGUCGACCCCUUUAACCACGACAGGCUUGUGCCUAUCGGAGCUGUCGGAGAGUUACUGGUUGAGGGCGUUACGCUUGCGCGAGGCUACCUCAACAGGGCAGAAAAGACAAAGGAGGUGUUUAUACAGAAUCCAAAAUGGGCGAGUCAAAAUAAUGGCGCCAUACGCAGGAUGUAUAAGACAGGUGAUCUUCUCAAAUAUGACCCCGAUGGCUCUAUGAAUCUCAUUUUCAUGGGUCGCAAAGAUACCCAAGCUAAGGUCCGAGGCCAGCGACUGGAACUCGAUGAAGUUGAACAUCACCUUGGCGCGGAUAGCCUUAUCCAGCACGCCCUUGUGGCCGUACCAACGAAGGGUUUUGCAGCUAAGAAGCUUACUGUUGCUGUCACAUUCUAUAGCCUCGGUGAUCCCGCUCCCGCCGCUUCUCUCGAAGUAAUCAGCUCAGAAGAGGCUAUAAACAUGGCGUCGGAAGCUCGUGAGCGGCUACGAAAACGACUCCCUGGCUAUAUGGUUCCAUCCAAAUGGGUUGUUUUCCAAAAACUGCCAUUGAUGUCUUCCGGUAAACUAAACAGGAGACAAAUUGUUACAUUUCUUGAAAAGAUGGAAGACAACCCAGAAAUUACUUCUACCGCCCCUUCGGCGACUCCGGAUACCCCAGUCGAAGCAAAUAAAACUGUUUCUCAACUUGAUAUCCGAGAGAAUCUCUGGAAGGUGUGGAGUCAGAUACUCAACUUGCCUGUAGAAGACGCUGAUAUGAAUUCUUCAUUCCUACAUCUGGGUGGUGACAGUAUUUCUGCUAUGCAAGUCAUGGCUAGAUGCCGCUCCCAGGGCAUUACUGCAAAUGUGCAAGACAUCAUGCAGAGUAAAUCGAUUACAGAUUUGGCAACUCGUGUCAAGAUUUCAAAAGCGCUUACUACUACUCCAGAGAAGGCGGCCAAACCAAUUGAAAAUGGAAGGCCAUUUGGGCUUUCUCCGAUCCAGCAGGUAUAUCUAGACAAUGUUGGGGAUAACUGGAGGCAGUUUAACCAAAGCGUUUUGCUGAAGAUUACCAAGAGGAAAAGCAAUGAUGCUAUUUCUCGAGCCAUGGACAAAUUGAUAAGUCUUCACCCUAUGUUACAUGCUCGAUUCCAACGAAACAAGAAUGGAGAGUGGCGCCAGCACAUCAGCAGUAACUUAAAAGGAUCUCUCAAAUUGCAAACCCAUUCUGAUGCGCGACGGGGUCAGAUGGGCUCGUUGAUUGAAGAGAGCCAAAAGUCUCUAGAUAUUGAAAAUGGCCCACUUGUUGCAGCUAAUGUGUUCAAUCUGCCUGGGUCCGAGACUCAGAUCUCGAUUGCCAUUCACCACCUUGUUAUUGAUGUUGUUUCUUGGAGAAUCAUCCUUCAGGAUCUCGAGGAUCUCCUCAACGGUGCAUCCAUUAUACGUCAAGAUCUAACCUUCCAGUCAUGGUGUGAAUCGCAAUUACAAAAUGCCCAAAAAGACAGCGUUAAGCAUGUUAUCCCUGCCAAUGACAUUACGCCAGCAGACCUCAACUACUGGGGUAUGGCAGGGAAAUCUAAUACCUUCGGUGAAGUUCUCACUGAAGAAUUGGAGAUUGAUCAACAGACCACGGCCCUUAUCCUUGAUGCCUGCCAGAAAAAACUUGGAGCCGAUCUGGUUGAUGUUCUCCUUGCUACUAUUCUUCUCUCUUUCCGUCAAGAAUUUACCGAUCGUCGAGUACCACCUGCAGUUUUCAAUGAAGGCCAUGGCAGAGAGCCUUGGGAUUCUAGUUGCGACCCGUCAUCAAUAGUAGGAUGGUUCACGACUAUGAGCCCUGUCUACCUUCCAGUUGAUGCGGACACUGAUUCUAAUUCGUCGUUUAUUGAUACAAUUCGAUGGGUCCAGGAGUUCCGAUCUAGGACGCCUGGGAAGGGUAGACCAUAUUUUGCCUACCGUGAACUGACCAAGGACGGAAAGGAAGCCUUUAGGAAUCACUGGCCCAUGGAAAUUGCUUUCAACUACUUGGGUCAGAUGCAGGCCAACAGCCAAGCAGAAUCUCUCCUUGAACCCGUUGAUGGAGCGGGAGGGCAAUCCGUUAAUUCCCUCUCUGAUAUUGGCCCUAAUGUUCCUCGUUUUGCACUCAUAGAAAUAUCAGCUGUCAUAGCACAAGGUGCCAUGAAACUGUCUUUCACCUACAAUAAAAAGAUGCAUCGACAACAAGGCAUUCAGAGCUGGUUCUCGAAAUGCCAAACACUGCUCGAAGGCUCUUACCGAGUGAACGAAAACAUUCCACCAACACAAUUCCCUCGUUUACCCCUAGCUUAUGGUAGUUCAAGGAAGAUUGUUGAAGAAUUGCCUUCGCUCGGUCUAAAAUCCUUGGAUGAUCUUGAGGAUGUCUACAUGAUAUCUCCCAUGCAACGAGGUAUCCUAAUCAGCCAGCUGAAAGACCCCAAGAAGUAUGCCUAUCAUUCUGUCUUUGAGGUUAAGUCAAACAAGAGGGGCCAUCGUAUCAACCUUCAACAGCUUGAAGCCGCUUGGCAGGCCGUUGUCUGCCGCCAUAGCUCUCUUCGAACAGUAUUCAUCGACAGUGUCGCCGGGAACAACCUAAUGGACCAGGUGGUUUUGAAAAAAUUCCAUGCACGAACCCUACUUCGAGAGCCUUCGACGGAAGAUUACAAAGCUGCCCUUGAUAACCUAGAACCAUUGGACUACACAGAGAGACAGCCACCUCAUCGUAUGACACUUUGCCAGACACCAAGUGGCCGAGUUAUCUGCAAACUUGAGAUCAGUCAUGCCGUCUCCGAUGGUUCUUCAAUGAUGACUCUUCUGAAUGAUUUGUCCACAGCAUAUGACUCGUCUUCAACUAUUGAAACCGCAAUGCCGUAUAGCAAUUUCAUCGCCCAUCUCCAGCUAACCUCAAAAGAAGCGGGCAUCGACUACUGGAAAACAUACCUUAGUGGUCUUGAACCAUGCACUCUACCUUCACUAGCCCCAGUUCCACCCCCAAAGGAGAGGACGGUUGGCGAAUAUGUUAUGAAACUCAACGUAGGGUCCGAGCUGCAAGCCUUUUGCAAAAGGGAAGGCCUUACUCAAUCUAAUGUCCUGCAACUUGUUUGGGGAUUAGUGCUCCGUGCCUAUACCGGCUCAGAUGAAAUCUGCUUCGGGUAUGUCGCCUCUGGCCGCGACCUACCCAUUGAUGGUAUUUACGAAGCUGUUGGUGCUUUUAUCAACAUGUUAAUAUGCCGUCUUAACUUAACGGAUAAUGCUGUCCUCAUCGAUGUUCUACAGAAGACUCAAGCUGACUACAUGCAAGGUAUCGGCUACCAAAACUGCUCUCUAGCAGAGGUACAACAUGAACUUGGCCUAAGCGAUACCACUUUGUUUAACACCGUUUUUACAUUCCAGAAACGGCCAGGAUCUGAUGAAUCUAACGACACGGCGCUCUCGUUUGAGUCUCUUGGGGCCACUGAUCCUAAUGAGUUCAAUAUGUCAAUCAACAUUGCUGCCAUAGACUCGUACCUCGAAAUUGAUUUUGGUUAUUGGUCAGACACGGUGUCUGAUGCCCAUGCAAAAAAUAUUGCCAAUACCUUCCAACAGGUUCUUAGCGAUAUCAUUGAAAACGGCGUCGACAGGCCGCUCGGAGAUAUCAAUCUCUUUGGUGAACACAGCUACCAGCAAGUGCGCUCCUGGAAUGCUCAGAGUCCGAACGUGGUUAACAAAUGCGUUCAUGAGAUUAUCGAGGAACAAGCAAUGCUCCGUCCGCGCUCUGCUCUUGCCAUCUGUGCGUGGGAUGCAACCUUUACGUACGCAGAGCUAGAUGCUGCAGCAUCCCGCGUUGCUGCACAGCUUGUUAACCUUGGGGUUGGCCCUGAUGUAUAUGUGCCACUGUGUUUCGAAAAGUCAGCCUGGACCAUCGUAGCCCAAUAUGGUAUUCUUAAGGCUGGUGGAGCUUUCGUCUCACUCGACCCCUCUCAUCCAGAGCAAAGAUUGGCAAAUCUCAUAGAGGAUGUUGGUGCUGAGGUUGUGCUAUGCUCUUCACGCCACCAUGGCAAGAUUCGAAACAUUGCUAAGAAAGCUGUUGUCCUGGAUUCGAAGACUGUUCAACAGUUCCCUAGACAGCCUUCACAGCAACCGGAUAACUACCCUGACCCAUCUAACGCUGCUUAUAUUAUCUUUACUUCGGGUACUACAGGAAAACCAAAGGGCACUGUUAUUGAACAUGCUGCAAUCUGUACUGGGUCUGCUGCACAUGGUAAAGCUCUCUUGAUGGAUAGCUCUAGCCGCGUCUUACAAUUUGCAUCAUAUACCUUCGAUGCCAGCGUCACCGAGAUUCUUACUGCACUCCAGGUUGGUGCAACGAUUUACGUUCCUAGCGACGAGGAACGGAUGAAUGACCUACAGGAUGUUAUUGCAAAGGGGAAAGUGAACUGGACACUCCUAACACCAUCGGUACUCAGCACAUUGAAACCCGAAAAGGUCCCUACCUUAAAGACAAUUGUGACCGGUGGUGAGGCAAUGUCUGAAAAGGCUAUUAAGGAAUGGGUUGGUGGCCCAGCGGUGGUUAACGCGUACGGCCCGACUGAGGCCUCAGUCGUCGCAUCAGCCAGCAUGAAGGUCAAUAAAUCAGGUAUUUCUGUGGACCAGAAUCGAUCUAACAUUGGAACUGCUUGUGGCUGCCGAACAUGGGUAGUUGAUCCUCAUAACAUUAACCGCCUAAUGCCUGUAGGUGCUGUUGGUGAACUCCUCAUUGAAGGGCGUACCGUGGCACGAGGCUAUAUCAACAAUCCUGAGAAAACAAGUGAGGUCUUCAUCAGCAACCCUGAGUUUUCUAGGGAGCGUCGCUUCAGAAGUCUUUUCUCGCAACGGCAUCGCAUGUAUCGUUCAGGAGAUCUUGUUCGCUACAACCCUGACGGUACUAUUAACUACAUCUCACGUAAAGACACGCAAAUCAAACUGAACGGCCAGCGGAUCGAACUUGGGGAGAUUGAAUACCAUUGCAAAGUGAACCUGCCCGACCAGACCCAAGCAGGAGUCGAUCUUAUUGUUCCUUCAGACCGGGCCAAGAAGACUCUUGCUGUUUUCUUCAGCGUUCCAUCAGUUGGUAGCCUACCGUCGACACUCACCAAUACCGAUGGUUCUCCCGCUGAUGACCUGUUGCUGCCUAUGAAUGAUGCUAUCAGGACAAUUGCAAAGACCCUCGAAACUAAGCUAGGUACCGCAAUACCGACGUACAUGGUUCCCCAUCUUUUUAUCCCUAUGUCGAAGCUUCCUUGGUCUGCCUCAGGAAAGCUGGACCGAAACCGCCUCCGGAAUAUCACCCAGGCACUCUCCAAAGAGUCUAUCAAAUCCUACAGGCUUACUGGAGUUGCUGGUAAGCGCAACAUUACUACCGGCAUCGAGAGUAAACUCCAAGCUCUAUGGGAAAGUGUUUUGGAUCUUCCUAAAGGAUCUGUUGGUGCAGGUGACAGCUUUUUCCGCCUUGGAGGUGACUCCCUAGCUGCUAUGCAGCUUUCAGGAUCUGCUAGAUCAUGUGGAAUCUCUCUUACUUUUGCAAACAUUUUCAAGCACCCAAUCCUUGCUGAUAUGGCCUCAACAUGCGCUGUAUUAAAGGGCGGACCGUCAGCUGAAGUACGCCCAUUCAGCCUACUAAAAACAACCGAAUCUAUUGAUAUGGUUAAGUCGGAAGUUUCUCAGCUUUGUCGUAUUAGCUUAGACCUGGUGCAUGACAUCUAUCCUUGCAGCUCUCUUCAGGAAGGCCUCAUCGCUUUAUCGCUGAAGCAACCGGGCGCCUACGUUGCGCAUAACGUUUUCAAGCUCUCCUCGUCUCUCAACCUUGAACUUUUCAAAGCUGCCUGGCAAAAGACUGUGGAUGAUCUGACAACUCUCCGCACUCGAAUCGUUCACACAGCGUCGUCCAACUUUUUACAGGUAGUUCUGAAACAUGAUACCAUCUCCUGGCACUCCGCGCGAAGCCUAGAGGAGCUCUCCGGUGAGGCUGCCACCGUUCCCUCUUUCAACGGGGGUAGCUUGACAAAGUACACGAUCGUUGAAGCUCCAAGCUGCCGGUAUUUUACCUGGUCAAUCCAUCAUGCCCUUUAUGAUGGAUGGAGUUUACCCCUUAUCCUUCAGCGGGUAGAAUCUAUUUACCGCGGCCAGGAACCAGCAGCACCAAAGAGCUCCUACGCAGAUUUUAUCAGCUAUCUCUCAACCACUGACCAGAACAGUACCAAGGAGUUUUGGACAGCUAAACUCGCUGAUAUAGCGUGCUCUAAAUUCCCUCCUCUGUCAUCUACAAAGGACCAGUCAGACACUAAAACGAUUUCUCGCCGCAUUGAAGCCUCAUCCACGGGAAGUGUUACAUUACCAACUGUUAUUCGUGCUGCCUGGGCAAUGAUCCUAGCGGAAUAUACUGCAUCCAACGAUGUUUGUUUCGGUGAAAUAAUGACAGGUCGCAAUAUCAACGUACCUGGUAUCGUCGACAUCGUCGGCCCGACCCUCACUACUGUUCCUACGAGAAUUCAAGUUAACCCCCAAACAACAGUUACAAACUUUUUGCAGGAAGUCCAGCAAGGCUCUGCAGACGUUGUUCCUCAUCAACAUGCUGGUCUCCAAUAUAUCAGAAGGCUGAACGGCGAUGCAUCUGAAGCUUGUGAUUUCCAAAAUCUCCUAGUGAUUCAAACCGCCCAAGGAGGAAACCAAGAAGAUCUCUGGGAAAUCCAAACCAACGGUGAUGUGAACAAUUUCUUCACCUACCCUCUUGUUCUUGAGUGUCAACUAUCAAAGAAGGACGUAGCAGUCACGAUAUACCAUAAGGAAGGAACUAUCAGCACUUGGAACGUUGAGAGAAUCCUGGAUCAGUUUACCUAUGUUUUAAGCCAGCUCUCCAAGAAAUCACUCUCCACCAAGCUUAGUGAGGUUGAGGUUAUUUGUCCAGAAGACAAGGAAACGAUAAAAUGGUGGAAUCGGCGCAAACCGAACCAAGUUAAUGAGUGCAUUCAUGACCUCUUCUAUCAUGUCGCAGAUACACAGCCAAAUAAACUGGCCGUGAUUGAUUUUGAAUGGCAAUUAACUUACCGCGAGUUUAGAGAGCUUUCUCUACGCUUUGCGAAGCAUCUUUCCAAAUAUGGCGUUGGCCCUGAAAUCUUUGUGCCUAUCUGCGUUGAUAAGUCUGUUUGGACUAUGGUUGCGAUAAUGGCUGUCAUUAUGGCUGGAGGUGCAUAUGUGCCUUUGGACCCGCAACACCCCAGCUCCAGGCAUAAAGAGAUUGUCGAAGAAAGCGGCGCAAAAUUGGUUAUCUGCUCGCCCAAGUAUUUUGACCAAUUCUCGACCUUUGCGGGCAAAGUUCUCACUAUCGAUGAUGCAACAGUUAUGUCACUACCGAAUGUACAUUCAACACUCUCAUCGGGGGUAAAACCGCACAACAGUGCUUACGCUAUCUUCACCUCGGGAAGCACUGGAAAGGCAAAGGGUAUCGUUAUCGAGCAUCGUGCCUUCGCUAGUUCUUCAGCUGGUUAUAGCGUAGAUUUGUGUAUGAAUGCCGACUCUCGAGUUUUUCAGUUCGCAUCUGUCUCGUUUGAUGCCUCGGUCAUGGAAAUACUUACUACUCUUACCAUCGGUGCCUGCAUUUGCAUACCCAGCGAAAAGGAGCGCCUGGCAGAUAUUCCCGGCGCUAUUCACAGAAUGAAUGUUACGUGGGCUUUCAUGACACCAUCUGUUGCAAACAUAAUUGACCCUGAUACUACUCCAUCCUUGAAAACCCUUGUCAGCGGAGGUGAAGCGAUUUCCGGGGAGGUGAUAUCUAAAUGGGCAGAUAAAGUCCAAUUGAUUAAUGCUUACGGGCCUACUGAAACAACAGUAAUUGCAGUAAGCAACUCCAAAGUCUCAUUGGAAAAGUCUACGCUCUCCAUAGGCCACAGCAUACAGCCUACUCUAACCUGGGUUGUUGACCCGAGGGACCAUAAUAAGCUGGCUCCGUUGGGUGCUAUUGGUGAACUGGUGCUAGAAGGCCCUGUACUUGCUCGUGAGUACCUUAAUUCUCCGGAGAAGACCGCUGAGGGUUUUCCAGAGAAUCCUGCGUGGGCUGCUCAGUUCCCAUCAACCUCUCAAUCAACCAGGCGGGUUCACAAAACUGGUGAUCUCGUUAGAUAUACCUCCAUCGGUGACUUGGAAUACUUCGGACGCAAGGAUCAUCAAGUCAAAUUAAACGGCCAGCGACUAGAACUAGGUGAAAUCCAAAGUCGUCUAAUUACAAAUGUUGAGGUCCGACAUGCCCUAGUCCUAAUGCCCAAAUCUGGCCCCUGCAAGAAGAGACUAGUUGCUGUACUUGCUUUAGAGAACCUAGGAUCGCCCAAAGACAUCAUGACCAGCACCCUCGAAAUAUAUAGAGAUACAACUCUUGUUACAAAAGCAAAUGCGAAAAUUGCUAAGAUUCAGGACGACCUUUCGAGUCAGUUGCCACCUUUCAUGGUCCCUCAGCUCUGGGUGCCAGUUAAAGCAAUCCCACUACUCGCCUCGGGCAAGCUAGAUCGCAAGCUAGCCACGAAGUGGCUCGAGGACAUGGAUGAAGAAAUGUUCAACCAAAUCAACUCAUCUACGGAGGAAGAAGCAGACAGUUCCGCCCAGUCAACUGAGAUAACAGAGGUACUGCGGAAAAUCUGGGCUAGUGUUCUAAAUCUUGAUGUCAAGGAUGUCAAAUUGAACAAAUCUUUUAUGAGCCUUGGAGGUGACAGUAUAACUGCGAUGGGCGUCAUGUCCCGAUGCCGCAAAGAAAGUAUUGAGCUUUCGCUUCAUGAUGUUUUACGUAGCAAGUCGAUAACUCACCUUGCCAGUUGUGUUGGACAUAAAGUGUCUGGUCCUCAAAAGGAAGAGGUCGCGAAUGAGCUUUUCGAUCUGUCUCCUAUCCAACAGCUAUAUUUCCAAUCUUCUCACGCCCAUAAUAAGGAUUCCCGUUUCAACCAGAGCUUUACUCUCCGGAUCACCCAGCCUACCGACCCCAACACGGUAAAGCUUGCUAUCGAAGCUAUUGUUAACAAGCACUCGAUGCUUCGAGCCCGAUUUGUACGCAACGGCCACCACUGGCGUCAAAAGAUUACCAAGGAUAUGAAUGCCUCUUAUCGCUACCGAGUGCAUGAUAACACUAGGAAAUAUGACGUCCCACAUAUCCUUAAGGACGCUCAAAUGUGCUUGAACAUUGAGCAAGGCCCAAUUCUUUCGGCCGAGCUUCUCAAUAUAAAGAGUGAAGGGCAGUUCAUUUUCAUGGCAGUCCAUCAUGCUUGUGUUGAUAUGGUAUCCUGGCGUAUCAUUUUGCAGGAUCUGCAAGAGUUCCUAGAGACAAAAUCGCUCGCCAUUGACAAGCCACUCUCGUUCCAGACAUGGUGCUCAGUUCAAACUGCCAAUUUGAAAUCUCAGGAUACUGCUUCGCUUCUUCCGUUCGAUGUGAAGCCAUCUAACCUCUCAUACUGGGGAAUGGAAGGUAAACAGAACAUCUAUCAUGAUGCCGAAUAUGAAACGUUCCAACUUGAUAAGGCCACCUCCACCCUUGCCUUGGGCGACAGCCAUAAAUCGUUCCAGACAGAACCGAUUGAUUUGUUCCUUACUGCAAUUGCCCAUUCCUUUGCGAGGGUAUUUCCAGACCGAGAAGUUCCAACGCUUUACAAUGAAGGCCAUGGCCGUGAAUCGUGGCAGGGAGGUCCAGACUUGUCGAGGACAGUUGGCUGGUUUACCAGCAUCUGCCCAGCAUCUGUGCCUGUAGACCUGCAAAAUGGAAAGGAUGAUGUUCUAGACACGCUGAAACGUGCCAAAGAUAUCAGGCGCCAGGUUCCAGAUAAUGGACGACCAUACUUUGCCAAUAAAUAUUCUAUGGGAAACACUUCGCAGGAAGAUAAUAGUUUCCCUAUGGAGAUUAUAUUCAACUAUCUUGGUCGCAUGCAGCAACUUGAACGUGAUGACUCUCUACUGCAGCAGGCGGACCUUAUCACGGACGAGGAAGAUUCAAGGAGUACCGGAGAUGUCGGACCUAAGACAAUACGAUUUGCGCUGUUCGAAAUAUCUGCCAUUGUUCUCCAAGAUCAAAUUCGGUUCACAUUCAUGUUCAACAAAAACAUGAAAAAUGGGCAAGGUAUUCGCCGAUGGAUAUCAGAAUGCAAGCAUACUCUUCACGAGACAGUUGAUGCCAUGAGCUGCAGCCCCGCAGAACCUACCCUUAGCGACUAUCCCCUCUUGCCGAUAUCAUAUGAAGGCCUUCAAAAGCUCGUCAAGUCUAUAUUCCCAAGGGUUGGUGUCGCAAACCGUGAUCAGGUUGAGGAUAUCUAUCCAUGUUCCCCAAUACAAGAGGGUAUUUUGUUGAGCCAGCUGAGGGAUCCUGAGAGCUAUGUAUUCAACACCAGCUUUGAAGUCAAAUCUGCCCAAGGGAAUGGCAUUGAUGCACAAAAACUGGGCAGAGCCUGGCAAAAAGUUGUUGACCGUCAUGCUGCACUUCGUACAGUGUUCAUCGACAGCCCUUGCCGAGGUGUUACCUUCUGUCAGCUGGUUGUAAAGGAAGCUGACAGUGGUGUUAUUCACAUCUCCUCCAGCAACUCCAACGCAAUGGACAAGCUGCACAACAUCAGACUAAAGGAUAUGAAUGGCAAAAAACGCCCGCAGCUUCCCCAUCAGCUUACUAUUUGCUCAAAAUCGGAUGGAAGUGUUGUAAUCAAAAUUGAAAUCAACCAUGCUGUCAUUGAUGGAGGAUCCGUGUCUAUCUUGAUGGCGGACCUUGUGGCAGCCUACGAGAACCGCCUCCCAAUUGGACCAGGUCCUCUGUAUAGCGAUUAUAUUCGAUUCAUUAGAAGUCAAUCGACGGUAGAUGAGGUUAGAUUCUGGAAAGGUUACCUGCAGGGACUGAAGCCAUGCCACCUCCCACGACUGAAUUCUCUGCCCAAUGUCCAGAAACAGCUGCGCACUACUCUCGUCAAGUUUGAACGUUAUUCAGAACUUCAAUCUCUAUGUGAGCAGCAGAAGGUGACAAUGGCUAAUGUUAUGCAUGCAGCUUGGGCAGUCGUCCUAAGGGCGUACGUUGGAUCAGACGAUGUGUGCUUCGGAUAUCUGUCUGCCGGACGUGAUGCCCCAGUCAACGGGAUUCAAGAGACAAUUGGAGCCUUCAUCAACAUGCUCUGUUGCCGUGUUGUCUUCUCCCCUCGUGCAUCAUUCCAUGAAAUUUUCAGAAAAGUUCAAGACGAUUACCUGGAUAGUCUACCAUACCAGCGAUGUUCACUCGCCGAAGUCCAGCAUGAGCUCGGACUGUCAGGCAAGCCAUUGUACAAUACUGCCAUCUCUACUCAGAACCAUGCUAAAUCUGGUGAUGCUGUCAAAGAGAGCAUCAUCUUCGAGCCUUUGGGCGGACAUGAUCCAAGUGAGUAUGCCGUGACUGUCAAUAUUGAGACCGCCAAAGACGACGAAGGCAUCCUUCUCCGAUACUGGGACAAUAUGGUUAGCGAAGCUGAAGCUCAGAAGUUAGCUUCAAGCAUGGCCCAUGUGUUAGCGUCUUUUAUCAGCCAUCCAGAGCAGCUUGUCUCCGAUUAUGACCCAACUCAGGCAGCAACCUCCACCGUUAGCAAAGAUAUCCGAAAGGAAACUCUUCCACAAACCAUUCGUGAAGAAGCAAAGCAGGCAGAAAUGCAGCCAAACCUUGGCCAGAGCUUUGGUGCAAGUGUUGAUACUGAGCAACUGCUCAACAACAAUGCUGAAUUGCGGAAAAUUGUUGAUUCCUGCGUUCAAGACAUUCUGCAGAAAAUGGCUAAAUCUGGCCAGCUUGCUACGAAGAGUGCCGACGAGAUUUUACUAAACACUGCCAGCCGAGAUGUUGAAGGCAAUAAUAGAGCUAUCCGCACCGACCAUGCUCCUGAUUUUGAGAACCAAGGCAUGGAUCUCGAGACCGCAACGCCUUCUGAAACCUACCAAAAUUCCGACUAUAACCCUAAAACUGACACAGAUCGGACAUCGAUGGCAGCGCAUAUUAACAAGAGAGGGAGGUCUGCCGCCAUUGAGAAGAAGCUCCUGGUUCUCUGGAGCUCCAUGUUGGAGAUGGAAGAAGACUCAAUCUCAGGAGAAGACAGCUUUUUCGAGCUGGGAGGUGACAGUCUCACUGCCAUGAGACUCGUCGGAGCCGCACGAGAUGAGGGACUGUCACUUACAGUAGCUGACGUCUUCCGAAACCCGGUUUUCGAGGAUAUGGUUGCCGUGAUCCGAGUGGCUAGUAUGAUGAAUACCUACAUUGACGGUGCCGACAUGGAUGACUUCAAUGCACAGAGCCAGGCCAUUCGAUCAGCAGCCACAAGUGAACUCUACCAAAGGUUUUCUUUAGUCAAGGCGCCCAAUAUCGAUACAUUCCUUCAAAACAACAUUAUCCCGAAGGUUGGUGUAUUCAAGGGAGGUAUGGCAGACGUUCUUCCUGUAACCGAUUUCCAAGCUCUCGCAAUUACUGGUUCCCUUCUAGAGUCUAGAUGGAUGCUCAAUUACUUCUACCUCGAUGGAUAUGGAGUGUUGGAUCUCCGAAGACUAAAGAGAAGCUUUAUCCGUCUCGUUCACUCUGUUGAUAUCCUUCGCACCGUCUUCCUGCCCAGCGGUGAUCGCUUCCUUCAAGUCGUCCUCCGCAAAGUGCGCCCAGAUUUCUUCGUCUAUGAAACGGAAUCUAACCUUGACGAGUUUACUGCAAUGUUGCAGCAACGCGAUCGUGAGCAAGGCCCACGCCUCGGUGAAGCGUUCGUUAAUUUCACCGUGGUGAAAGAAAAAGAUAGCGACCACCACAGGAUCAUUAUCAGGCUAUCGCAUGCUCAAUACGACGGAGUUUGCAUGCCAAAGAUUCUCAGCGCGAUUCAAGCAGGCUAUGAAGAUGAGCCGCUCCCUGUAAUGUCAUCGUUUGCCAGUUAUGUUCGUUCCUCUGCCUCAACUAUAACAUCGGAUCAUUAUCAACACUGGAAAACGCUCCUUAAAGGUUCUAAGAUGACAGAAAUCGUCCGACGGGAGGGACCAAACUAUCGACGAUCCGCUGGUGCCACUAGCCAUCUCGAACAAACAGUUCUGUUGCCCUCCCUUGCCCACGGAAACAUAACAACUGCCACUGUUAUCAAGGCAGCCUGGGCAAUGGUUCUAGCACAACUCUCAGGAAGCCCUGACGUUGUAUUUGGUCACACAAUUAGCGGUCGCAAUGCUACAGUUCCUGGCGUUGAAAGCACUGUCGGGCCUUGCCUCAAUAUCAUUCCCGUCAGAGUACAAUUCGGCGAAUUCUGGACAGCACUUGAUCUCCUUCGUUUCGUUCAAGACCAGCAGGUUACAAAUAUGCCUUAUGAAGCUUUAGGAUUCCGAGAAAUUACAAAACACUGCACUGAAUGGCCGGACUGGACCAACUUUACCACCAUCGUCCAACACCAAAAUAUUAGCGUCACAGAUGAAAUGACUCUGGGCAGAAAUACCUAUACCUUUGGAACAGUUGGAACGGAAGAGGACUUUGCCGAUUUCUCUAUCUCCUCCAGCUCCGACGGUGACAGAUGCGAAAUAGUGCUCGGCUUCUCACUCAACAGUUCAAUCACUCCCAUUUUCGCCCAGAAGGUCCUGAACAUGCUUUGCAACACCAUCUCCAAUUUCAUGGCCGAUACCAGCAUGGUCUUGCCUUCUCCUCAGCAGAUAUCGAAAAUGCCACCCCAGACAAUUGAUGAAACCGGAAAACCAUCAGACAGUUACUUCCUCUCCUCUCAACUACAAGAUCUUACGCAGGCGGAAAUCCUCGUCCUGUCUGAUAUACUUAGCCGCGCCUGGCGUCAAGUGCUAGGAGAAGAAAACACUUCCAGCCUAAAUCUUGAAUCAUCCUUCUUUGAUCUUAACGGUGAUAUAAUGGGCCUUGCACAAGUAGCAUGGCUCCUCGAGCAAGAAGGAUUCAAGGUCCGGGUGGAAGACCUGAUUGAUCAUCCAACAAUGCUUGGACAGAUGGCCACUAUAUGUUCACAACGGACAUUAGAGAAAGAAAAGGCUAUCGAGGCAUCGUCCUCUCAAACAUCGAUUGAAGAUGAAUACGACUCCGUUCCCAAUCCAAAGGUUGAGAAGAACUCCUGGUUCAAAGCCUUGGGUAUGGCCAGACGAAUGGUGCGGCGUAAUACACGCCCGAACUAA